AUGCACCUUUUAAGAAAUGAACGAUACAACUGUCAAGGAAGCUCAAGGGUUUGGCAAGGGGCCGAAGCUCACGCAGAAUCUCCAACUUUUGGCGCAAAGACGGCCUUUGGCGAGUUUGAAACAGGCUUUUUAGCUAGCCUGUCGGAAAAUCUCGACAAUGUGAAGUGGGAAGUGUCUGGGGACUACAGGCGCUAUGAUCUUGAAAGCAUCUUUGAAAAUGGAUUGUGCCAUUGGAAGUACAAGAUGAUUGACGAGAAGAAGCAACGACAGAAGAAAGCAGAGUUGAAUAGGCAAGAGGAGGAAGCGCGCUCUGAGCAUCAAGGAGAUGGAAGGGUGGAAGCCUCCUCCAACGCGCAAGAGACCAAUGCUAAUGAAAAACAUGGAAACGGGUACGACGAAAUGAUAGACGAUGACGAUGGCUAUGUUAUCCGGAAUGAUGGGCGCCAGGUCGAGGACAAUGCUGGAGACGUGAGCGACGACAAUGGAGAGGAUGCAGGCAUAACAUUGGACAACAAAAUACAUACUGCGGCUGAUGACUCGGCGGUGGAUAGCGAAAUGAUGCUCUGGGAGUGA